ACCUGAAUAGUUUCUCCAGCCGCGGAAACAGUGAAGGCUGCAUCAGUUUCCGGUGGUCUCUGCUUGCUGCCGUCCCACAGAUUUUAGCAUGCCUGGUCCAACCCCCAGUGGCACUAACGUUGGCUCUUCGGGGCGCUCUCCCAGCAAAGCAGUGGCCGCCCGGGCCGCGGGAUCCACGGUCCGGCAGAGGAAGAAUGCCAGCUGCGGAACAAGGAGCGCAGGCCGCACGACCUCAGCGGGCACUGGGGGGAUGUGGCGGUUCUACACGGAAGACUCACCUGGGCUCAAAGUUGGCCCUGUUCCAGUAUUGGUUAUGAGUCUUCUGUUCAUCGCUUCUGUAUUUAUGUUGCACAUUUGGGGCAAGUACACUCGUUCAUAGAUUCAGCUACAUCCAUCUGUCUGUCAUCUGAAGAAGAAAGAAAAAAAACCAACAUAUCUUGGACCAAAAGCAUAGCGAUUUUCUGUUCAUGAGAAAUUUUCUGUAAGCUUAUUGUUUUACAGGGAACUUAACAAGAAUUGAUUUUGAAGAAUCAGUUUUUUUCUAUGGCUAAUAAAUUUAAAUUCAUUUAUAC